ACCUUACUGGUACWCCAAAGAGAAAUGAGGAAGUUGUAUCAACCAUGUCAUCAUUACUAGAUGUAUGUCAUCAAGGAGCCUGGCUUACGGAAGAUGAUGCCAUUCAAUUCCUCGGCCUGUCAUCGAAAGCGGCCCUGAGGGAUGCCUUCCGCGAGGGAAGCCUGCCCCACGUCUAUGUAGAGCACGGCAAGCAGUUUGAAGUCUCGCACCCAUUCAAUAAACAUCGUUUUUUCUUCGUUCAAAAAGAGGGAAGCUCAGCCCUUAAACCCAGCACAGAAUUCCCUGUAUGGGUUGGCAUUUGCGAAUCCUUAGAGGGGGGCGAAGUAGAUUCUCUGAAUUCAGCAACCCAGGCUCGAAUUAGAGAUUACACAAAUUACACCGAUUUGGAAGACGCCUUUCGAGACUUGAAGGAAGURCGCGGUAUCAUAUCUUCAUCGGAAUUGUCGGGUGAGGAUGUUGACGAUGGAGAUGAUGGAUAUCAGUAUGGGUCCUCUGGAGGUACAACUCCGCCUCCCAGCAAGGCAGUCGAGGGCGAGAUUUAUACCAGAGCAGACGGUAAAAGAGUCCGAAGAGUCCGAAGAUCAAGUUCGACCCAUGGCUCAUUAGGCAAGAAGGAUCAAUUAUCGGGGUUCAUAGAAAAAGACAAGGRUAGCUCUAGGUCAAGGAUGAGUGGAAGCCGCUCAGUUGGACCUGGAGACGGUGUUAAAAGAAAUCACAGAAGGUCCAAUUCGCUACACGGUGAAUCACUGAGUAGGGCAGCUUCUUUAUCUGGAUUCCUAUCAAGCAACGGCGAGGGCGAAUCUUCUAAGUCGAGGAUGAGCGGGAGCCGCUCUGUCGGAGGCGUAGAAGGAACUGCAGAAAGGAGGAAAAGAUCCAGUUCAUUGCAUUCCCGACCAUUGAACCAAGACGGCAAUUUUCUAUCCAAAACGGAGAACAAUGAUUCUAGUGGGAAGAUGAGUGGGUAUAGUGAAGGUGAAAUUUAUAUUCGAGCCGAUGGUAAAAAAGGUGAGUACUUGAAUGGACAACUUGGACAGAGAGAAUAAAAAUGCCUUCGAAGUUUGAUGACAAAUUCUGUUUUCUAAAUCAAAUUCGUCGUGGUAAUCAAUACUGUCUUCAAUCUAAGUUCGGCGAGUGAAAAAAUCAUCCGUGUCAUCUGUAGCUUCGCCAUCUACAUCGAAGAAUAGUUCGUUGUCGGGAGUCCUUACAGAUGAUCCGAAACAAAAGCAACGAGGCAGCGCUUCUGUAGCUGGAGACCAGUUAGCUGUURGUAGAGAGUCAUCUUUGACWGSAGAGAUUUAUGUCAGAGCUGAUGGAAAGAAAGUUAGAAGAGUUAAGAAGUCAUCGUUAGUAUCUGAUGAAACUGUCGAAAUCAUAACACGAGCUGAUGGAAAGAAAGUUCGUAGAAUAAGGAAGACCAAACCGAGACCACCAGUAGAAAGCACUACGCAAUCGAUGGCCGCCGAAAGGUCUGAAGCAGAGGGCUCAGAGUCGAGCACCAAUCCACCAAAAAAAGAAAUGACGCGAAGUUUGUCAGGAUUUUUUAACAGCGAUAAAACGUCUGCUCCAAGAAAAAAACCGUUCUCUGGUAGCCAUUCUGUUGCUGGUUACGCAGACAGUGAAAUUUACAUCAGAGCCGAUGGAAAGAAAGUUCGGAGAGUGAGAAAGGUUAAACCAAGCGAUGAUGAUCCAAACUCGCUCGCGGGGUUUCUAGAUACCGAAGUAGCUUCAAAGCCCACGGCAAGUGGAGCUGCAACAGUUGUUGGAGACACUCAUCCAAAUCCUGGGCGUGGGCAUCCUGGAGUUUCCGACAAAUCCGACACGGAAAUAUAUGUGCGUCCUGAUGGAAAGGUAGGUGAAAUUUAUCCUGUAUUUUCAAUCUUUCGGCCUUUCAGAAAUCUAACACCAUUUUUUUUGAGUAGAAAGUAAGAAGGAUACGAAAGACAGCUUCCAAACCUCCCCCUGAGGAAAAGAAAAACAAUUCUCUCGGCGGAUUCCUCCAAAAAGAUCAAUCAUCGAUCAAAAAGAAAUUUGGCGGAAGCAAUUCAGUGGCAGGUGAUCAGAUCGCUAUUAGUAAAGAGAAAUCGUUGACGGGUGAGGUUUACGUCAGAGCCGAUGGCAAGAAAGGUAAGAAACGUAUAGUUCACGCAUUAUAGUAAACUAACGAUUGAAAAUUUGAAUGAGCAGUACGUACUCACGCCCUUUUCUUCGCUUUUCAGUACGGCGAGUAAAGAAAAAGCGAGAUUCUGCACCUUCUCCUGGCGCUUCUACAGACGAAAACGUUGAAAUUAUUACUAGGCCAGACGGAAAGAGAGUUCGUAGAAUUAGAAAGACGAAGCCUAGUCCUUCCGACGGUUCGGACGAGUUGGCGGGUUUUCUUGAAUCGCAAACCAAAACGCCGCAGAAAGGUAGCGCUGCAACUGUAGCAGGGGGGCGCAUUAAUCCCUCUGUAACGCCAGACCUGAGAAAACAGAAAUCUUUGAAUGAUUUUGCAGGAGACCGAGWAUCAGAUCUGACCAAGAGUACACCAGUCGCUGCAAACCAAGUUGCAACCAGGAAAGACGAUUCAAUGAAAGGAGAGAUUUACAUAAGAGAAGAUGGCAAAAAAGGUAAGAUGGGUUCUACUUCUUCGAUUUUGUCUCUUUAAAUUGCAAGAAUAUAUACUGUAAACUCACAUGCAUACUGAACAGUUCGGCGAGUGAAGAAAAUCACUCAGGCGCAACCAGGAGACCAAGUUGAAAUUAUAACGCGGCCAGACGGUAAAAAAGUACGAAGAAUUAGGAGAGUGAAAAAACCCCAAGAUUCAAAUCAAGGAGCUUCAGGGAACGAUUCUUCCUUAGAUGCUCAUCUCCAGUCGAAGGUUCCUCAAAACAAAGGUUCUAGUGCAAGCGUUGCAGGUGGUAGGGUUGAAGGUGAAAUAUACAUUAGGGCUGACGGCAAAAAGUAAGUAUGAUCUCACUAUCUUCGUCCUAGUUAUCAUCUGAAUCUAUCCUAACCUCAUUUCCAUUUUUGGCAGGGUUCGGAGAGUAAGAAAAGUAUCAAGUGCCGCAACUUCAAAGUCUUUGGCUACUUCUGCACAUGGUGAACAGUACGAAAUCUAUGUUAGACCUGACGGCAAAAAAGUGAGGCGAAUUCGAAGGAGCGCCCUUGCUGCCCGUAAGAAAGCAGAGAAUGAUCAAGGAGAGCCCUCGCUUUCAGCGAUGCUUUCGAAAAACGAGGCAAGUACAAAGUCAAGCAGUGCAGCGACGGUAGCAGGAGAUGACAUUACAGGUAAAUCUUCAUUGCAACGGCUUCCAGAAUCUAUGCUUUCGAAAGAAGCACCAUCUACUUUCUCCGGGUCGAACCAACCAUUUCAACCAGAAAGAAAGGUCUCAGGCCUUUCCAUKGAAGACGAGGAAGUUGCUACAACUUAUAGGAAAAUGUUGAAGAUGGGCAUGCCAGAUGGUGCGGUGAUCCAAAAAAUGAGUGUCGAAGGUGUAGCCCAACACAUACAGGAUUCCGUCUUAGCAGGGGAAGAACCUGCGCAAUCUCCAAAGAAAGUGUCAGCCCUCACUUUAGAGGAAGAAGAGAUAGCAGCCACAUAUCGAAAGAUGUUGAAGAUGGGCAUGCCGGAUGGUGCGGUGAUCCAAAAAAUGAGUGUUGAAGGGGUAGCCCAACACAUACAGGAUUCCGUCUUAGCAGGGGAAGAACCUGCGCAAUCUCCACAGAAAGUAUCAGCCCUCACUUCAGAGGACGAAGAGAUCGCAGCCACAUAUCGAAAGAUGUUGAAGAUGGGCAUGCCAGAUGGUGCGGUGCUCCAGAAAAUGAAUGUGGAUGGUGUAGCCCAAAAUAUACAAGAUUCUGUCUUGGCAGGUGAGGAACCUCUAGCUAGUCGCUCGACUUACUUGACAGCAGCAGCUGUAGCUGCUUCGGCCCCCGUCCCCCAGGGAAUGGCACUUGUUCAGAAGGAUGCUGCCGUGAUACAAGAUGGAAUGGUACUUGUUCCGAAAGAGCAAGCGGAAAAAUUAGUUCCGGAAGGAAUGGUUGCGAUUCCCAAAGACAAAGCCCGCGAUGGUAUCCCUGAGGGUUAUGUUCUGGUACCAAAAGACCAAGUUAGAGGAGAUCCGGGCGAUGACUUAAUUCUAGUGAAAAAAGACCAACUCAAGGAUGAGGUAUCGCCAUACAUCAUUUUYAUGGGACCAGAAAAUCCAAGUCCGAAUAAAGUCAAAGGUGAAGGGAAUGAAAAUGUCGAUAUCUCUGGCGCCAAUAUUGUAUCAAUGGAUAAUCUAUCAGACGAGGUUAAAAAAUUACACAAAAAUGAGAAAGGAUCCCGACCUCGAUUUCUCCUCCAAGCCCUUCCUGAAGACAAGGAAAUGGAAGAUGAUUUUAUCCGGAAGAACCUGCUCCCAGCAUCAUCCCCACGAGAACCUGAUCGCCCUCCUAAGAAGACAGCCCCUUCUUCAAGUGUUGCGGAAGUACUUGCCCAGAUGUCUUCAAUGGGUGGCGAAUUUGACGCUGAAAAAAUGCAGGAGUUGUUAGAAAAACUAGAAACUGCAGAAAAGCGGCAGAAGAAACUUGAGAAACAGCUCGCAGCCGCCGGUGUUGCGAUUGCGGAAGACAUUGACUAUGAUAUUUGCGUGAAAAAGGUYGAAGCAAUUGGAAAGAGAAUGAACGAAAUCGGCGGUAGUGAUGUAACACAUCCGGACAAAGAAGAACAGAAUAGACUUCGUGAGGAAUAUUUCAAGCUGGAACAAGAAAUGGAUAAGUACAGUUCUGCAAUGUUGAUUACCGAUGAAUACUUAGCUGAGCAGGCUCGAAUUGAAAAGAAAUGGGAGGAUGAUAACGGUCCAGCUAACCUAGCAGCCUUGAAGAAACUCAGACGCCACAUGCCUGUUGAAGUCAGAAAUAUGAGUGAAGCUCAGCUGACAAAUGAACCGACACCAAAUGGUAAAUAUCUUCCAAAAGCAAUAGCAAAGAAAUUCAAACGAUCAAACGUUCUCCAGCUUAUACGACGUAACCCUGAUGACAUCGUAAGCAUGCACCCUGCAACGCUUGAGAACAUGCGUGUCGCCAGUUUGACUCUGACAGAACGUCGGGCUGUUUAUGAACAUUUAAAAACUUGUGGCCCAAAAUGGUUUGCUCAAAAAGCCGAAAAGAUGACAGAAAGAAAAUGGACUUGGUACAAGAUGAUGAAAGAUAAUUUCAAAGAAAAUGUAGCCAUUUGGGAUCGCCAUGUUGCUCAAUAUGGGCCUCCUGGAGCGCACCCGUACGCUACUAGGGCAAAUCCACAUGAAGGCUGCCCGUUGAUCGGUAAACAAUGCCCACUGAAGGCUGACAAAGUAAUCGACUACGAUAAAGAAGAUUAUGGAUAUACAGACAAAGCUGUCUACGAGGUUUCAGAGGUGCGAAAGGCUGACGUCGACGAUCAAGGUGCAAAGGCUAAGGCUGAGGCACUAGCUCUCAUGAAAGAGAAAAAAGCAAAUGAACGUAGCGAUACGCUUAAGAAACACUACAAGGGAAAAUUACUUCAAGUUGCAAAGGCAAAUGGAAGUUGCGAAAGCAUGGAUGAGAUUGUGGACAAGAUUGAGUUUGGAAUGACAUCCUGGAUAGAAGAAAUGAUCGAAAACGGCAAUGAUGUAUCAAAAUUGACCGACGACAACAAAAAGAAAGAAGUCGUGAAAAUCAACAAUGUGUUGAGUGAGAUCAAAUCACCAAUCCUUGAUAUUUGUGGUAGAUCUGGAAUGCAAUUGUCCGGGAAAAAGACGAACGACGAGAAGCCGGAUCCUAGAUCAAUUGUAGAAUGUUCUCUCUCUUUGGAGGUGAUUGAAUCUUUUGAUGUCUUUGCAAAGUAUGUCAAAGAUCGUUUGCAAGAGCUGGGAAUGGCCGAUACMCGUAUUAAAUCAACGAUCUCAAUGUUGAAAAAUUUUCUUGAUGAACUUAAUGAACGAAAUUAUAAGACACUCAAGUCUGCAAGCUGGCAGCGACUUCCUCGUUCACGCAAGCUCCUUACUCGAAAAGAUAUUGAAGACGAGAUCAAGAAGAAAAAAAUGGAAUCAGAACCAGAUGUUGUGGAAGAAGCAGGAGGUCCGCCUCUACCAGGACCACCAAGAGGAGGACUCAUGGAUGCCAUCAAGGGUAAGUUCAUAGCUGAUUUCUUUGUUUUUACUUGCUACUGUCUGCAACAUGCCUUAAAUUGUUUAUUUCGUUCGGUCUUUAGGAGGCCGAGGUGGAGGAAGAGGUGGAUUGUUAGAUGCAAUUCAGGGACGCGGCCGUGGCCGUGGUGGAAGAGGYGAUGGAGGAAGAGGAGGAUUGUUAGAUGCAAUUCAAGGACGUGGCCGUGGUGGAAGAGGCAGAGGCGGUGGAAGAGGAGGACUGUUGGAUGCAAUUCAGGGCCGUGGCCGUGGUGGACGUGGCGGAGAGGGAGGAAGAGGAGGUUUACUUGACGCAAUCAAAGGUCGAGGUCGAGGUCGUGGACGUGGCGGAGAUGGAGGAAGAGGAGGUUUACUUGAUGCAAUCAAAGGCCGGGGUCGUGGUGACGGAGGAAGAGGAGGACUAAUGGAUGCAAUCAAAGCUCGUGGGGCCUCCUAGGUGCUGAACGAGACGCUGAAGAUCAAGGUUGACAAUUCUGCAAUCGAUCGGUUGUGAUAUAUGCCUAGUCCAGUUUUAUUUGUAGUUUUAAAAACGCGUGUUCACCAUUGCUACGAUGUUCCCAGCCAAUGCCUCAAUAGACCAAUACAUAACUA